GGGGAGCGAACUAACCUGAUUGGUCGAGCGGGGAGCGAAGCAUUGUUUGAAUCUGUGUUUUUUCAUCCGGACCAAACGGCAGCAGCUCCAAGGCUGAAGCUUCUCCUCUCCUGCUUUCUGUGAGAUUCUUCUUCUUCUCCUCUCCUGUGUGUGGAUCAGACAGCAUGACUCGUCCUUCAGCUGUGAGCCGCAGAAAGGCCAAAGCCCCCGUCCAUCGGCCCCCGCUGCCGACCCCCGGCGCUUCCACAUCCACUCGAAAAUCCCCUAGGAAAAGUGGAGCCCCACCUGAAGCGUCAAGGCAGUCUUUAGCGUCUCCCAAGAAGAGAAGGUUCCGACCGGGAACCAGGGCCCUGAUGGAGAUCCGCAAGUACCAGAAGAGCACAGAUAUGCUCAUCCUAAAGGCGCCAUUUUCCCGCCUGGUUCGGGAGGUGUGUCAGGGGUUUGCAGUUGAUCUUCGAUGGCAGGUGUACGCUCUCAUGGCCCUACAGGAGGCUGCAGAGGCAUUCCUCGUCAUGCUGCUGUCCGAUGCCUACCUGUGCGCCAUCCACGCCAAGAGGGUCACACUGUUCAAGCGGGACAUUCAGCUGGCAAGGAGGAUCCGAGGGGUCAAUGUCCUAUAAGACACUGCAGGGAGAAGCCCAGAAGGAGCCGGAAUCCCCCACCUGUCCCCCACCUGUUCUGGGCGGGGCCAAGUUUGAACUGUUUGUUCUCUGAAUGUUGUCUCUUCAUUUCUGCAGAAGUACAGCAGGAAAGUUUCUAGCCUAUUUGAAUUGUAUGUUAAAUGUGUCAUUAAUAUGGCUUUGAUUAUGUACAUUUUAUUUUUUAAUAAAGUAAACUUUCUCUAUAA